UUUCCGUAGCUUGGCGUUGCAGUUUUCUGGCUACUGCUUCCGGGUCGCAGCUGGGAGAGCCUCCGCGGAGGUGCCCGCUGAGCCAAAGGCCGGCGGUCUCAGUAGGCAGCAUGGCCCUAUUCCGCUCGGGCCUCCUGGUGCUGACGACGCCGCUGGCCUCCCUGGCUCCUCGCCUGGCUCCUAUUCUGACCUCGGCGGCCAGGCUGGUGAACCACACGCUCUAUGUACACCUGCAGCCUGGCAUGAGCCUAGAGGGCCCCGCCCAGCCUCAGUCAUGCCCGGUGCAGGCCACGUUUGAGGUUCUCGAUUUCAUCACACACUUCUAUGCUGGAGCCGAUGCCCACAGGCACCUGGAUAUAAGAAUCCUGCUGAGUAACAUCCGAACCAAGAACACCUUUCUCCCUCCCCUGCCCAAUUUAGUACAGAACCUGGCCCACCCGCCGGAAGUGGUGCUCACUGACUUCCAGACCCUGGAUGGAAGCCAAUACAACCCAGUCAAGCAACAGCUAGAACGUUAUGCAACCAGUUGUUACAGCUGUUGUCCACAGCUGGCUUCAGUGCUGCUAUAUCCCGAUUAUGGGUCUGGAGAGCUGCCCGUGGAGCCCGUGGAUUUCCCCUUACCCUCCACCAUCAGACCAGACUCCCCCGUAGCCAGGUCUCCAAAGCAGCCUGUGCGAGGCUAUCAGCGUGGGGCUGUGGGUGGCACGUUUGACCGCCUACACAAUGCCCACAAGAUCUUGCUCAGUGUCGCAUGUGUCCUGGCCCAGGAGCAGCUUGUGGUGGGAGUGGCAGAUAAAGACUUGUUAAAGAGCAAGUUGCUCCCUGAGCUGCUCCAACCCUACGCAGAACGUGUGGAACAUCUGAGUGAGUUCCUGGUGGACAUCAAGCCCUCCUUGACUUUUGAUAUCAUCCCCCUGCUGGACCCCUAUGGGCCCGCUGGCUCUGACCCCUCCCUGGAGUUCCUGGUGGUCAGCGAGGAGACCUAUCGUGGGGGGAUGGCCGUCAACCGCUUCCGCCUUGAGAAUAACCUGGAGGAGCUUGCUUUGUACCAGAUCCAGCUUCUGAAGGACCCAAACCACAAGGAAAAUGAAGAGGACAAAGUCAGCUCCUCGAGCUUCCGCCAGCGAAUGCUAGGAAGCCUACUUCGGCCUCCAGAGAAAAGGCCAGAGCUCCCCCCACAUCUCUACGUGAUUGGGCUGACAGGCAUCAGUGGUUCUGGGAAAAGCUCAGUAGCUCAGCGGCUGAAGGGCCUGGGGGCAUUUGUCAUAGACAGUGACCGACUGGGCCAUCGGGCCUAUGCUCCGGGUGGUCCUGCCUACCAGCCUGUUGUGGAAGCCUUUGGAACAGAUAUUCUCCACAAAGAUGGCAUUAUCAACAGGAAGGUCCUAGGCAGCCGGGUGUUUGGGAACAAGAAGCAGCUGAAGAUACUCACAGAUAUUAUGUGGCCAGUUAUCGCCAAGCUGGCCCGGGUGGAGAUGGAUCAGGCUGUGGCUGAGGGAAAGCAAGUUUGUGUGAUUGAUGCCGCCGUGCUUCUUGAGGCUGGCUGGCAGAACAUGGUGCAUGAGGUGUGGACCGUUGUCAUUCCUGAGACUGAGGCUGUGCGACGCAUUGUGGAGAGGGAUGGCCUGAGUGAGGCUGCAGCCCAGAGCCGGCUACAGAGCCAGAUGAGUGGGCAGCAGCUCGUGAACCAGAGCCAUGUGGUACUGAGCACCUUGUGGGAGCCAGAGGUCACCCAGCACCAGGUGGAGAAAGCCUGGGCCCUCCUGCAGAAGCGCAUCCCCAAGAUGUUGUCAGGCCCAUGACUGACAAGUUCUCUGUGGGGCUAAAGUGGCCCUAGGAGCUGACAAGAGAUCCAGUGGUAAGAAGGAAUGGGGACCUCGAUGUUCACCCAGCUUGGGCCUGGAGGACUCCGCUAAGCUGGGCAGGGCAGGGCUGGGCCCAGUGGACACAGGAAGCCUACCUAGCACGCUGGUGUUUGGCCACCACUGAGGAUGCGGCUCGUGAGCAGGCCUCUUGGAGUUCCAUCCCACUCUUGUCAGGGUGUCCGUGAUACCCGUGGCUGACUGGGGCCAGGGCCAACACUGGAACUUGAAACAAUUAAAGGCAAAUGUCUCCAGGUGCUUCCUA